GUUUUUCCCGCGCCGCGCAUGCGCAGUUUCGAAAAGGGGAAAUCAGGCGCAGGAAGGAGGAGGAAGGAGCCAUGACCAAGCACUGCCGGGCUCCCCAUUGCUUUAACUCCGCGGGGCAGCCCCGCCCGGACGGGCAACGACUCAGUUUCUACAAGUUCCCACUGCACAAUCCCAAACGCCUCCGUCAAUGGCUCUCCCAGAUGAAGCAAGAGAAAUGGAUCCCGACCAAACACCAGCACCUCUGCAGCGAACACUUUGCGCCGUCUUGCUUUGAGUAUCGAUGGGGAAUGCGCUACCUGAAGCCGGAUGCCGUCCCCACCAUUUUCCAGACGUCGAGUGGCCCAUUGAAGAGGGAAAACUCUGCCAGGCCUCCUUGUGACGUGCCAUCCAAAAAAUUCAUCCUCAAGAGCCAGGGAGAGGAAAGCAUGCCAGGGCUCCAGAACAGCAGCCGCCAGGAGCCACACGCACUGGAAACAACGCUUGCCUUCGCCAUCGAUCCCGGCAUGGGUUCCACCCCAGUUUAUGUGGAAACCCAGCCAUCUGCCUCGGACUUGGGCUUCAGCCCUCUUGUCGGAGCCGUGAACCUUGUCCCAUUGGUUCAAAUCGUGGAGCCCCUCAAGGCCGUGACGCUGGCGGUGGCUUCCCCGGCAGGGGCCGUCCCAGGCCAGCCUUUACCGGAGGCAGUAGAGCAGCAUGUGGUCGACCUCGUGGCCUCUUUGCCACCAGCUCAGUCCACGGUUGGGGUCUCAGGGCCGUUUUGUGCCAAGAUGGUUGCCGCCACUGACCAGGCCCUGGUGGUCAACGAGUCUGAACAGGGUGCACUCAUCAUUGAAAACGUCUCCAUCGAGCCCUUCCUGGAGGCCGGCCCUUCCACUGCCGCCGUCCUCAGCUCCCUCCGGGAAUCCUCUGCGGAGAUGGUGGCCUAUUUUGAAACCAUCCCCAACGCCCCCAUUGCGGCGGCCGCCUCUUCCGGCGUGACUCCCCCCGAGACGGUGCUCUCCUCGGCACUCAGCCUCCCCAUCGUCUCCACCGUCCCCAUCGUCUCCAACCAGGCCUCCCUGACCAAGAAAGAGGAAGAGGAGGAGGAAGAGGAGGAGGAACUGGGAGAACUGAGUUCAGAGGAGUCCGUGGAGGAGCAGCUGGAGGAGCACCGCUACCACAAGAAUCAGGAGGGGAGCACGGCAGAGCUGGCGGAAGUGGUGCUCAGCCUGCAGAAGAAGGUGAAGGUGCUCCAGCAGCGGCACCGGCGGCACUGCGCCAAGUUGGAAGCCAUGGAGGGGGUGGUGGAGCAGCUCAAGAAGGAGAACCUUGUCUCGGAGGAGAAGCUGAAGCUCCUCGAGAUGGCCUGCCUUCAGUCUAGCGCUAUAAUCCCAGAGAGCGGUGGCGCAGUCGCCAUCAUUUGCCAGGACAAUGACCAGGCUCUGGUCUACGCCGUUCCUCAGCUUCAGGACGAAGGGAAUGAGACCAUCAUCCACGUCAAGGAGCAGUAGCCUCACAGGAGACGCUCGGGAGGCAAUCCUUUGCUCGACGUGACCAAAGGCACCUUUCUAGGAAAUGUAUGGAGAGCAUGUGCCCUCCUUCAGUUGCCGGAUUCACACAGCUGGCAAAUUCCAGCUCUGAUGGCCUUAUUGCUGCAGCACCUUAUUUUGUGGGGAAGGGAUAUAGGGUUUUUUUCUCUUUGUCUGAAAUGUGAUUGCAUAUAAAAUGGUCUUUGUUAGGGGAAGGAACCACUGGCAAUGUCUGUAUCUGCCUCCCUCUCUGUGCCUGAGCUGAGUUUGGAAUUUUAAUUUUGGGUAGAGAAUAAUAAGCCCGAGCUACUCAUUGAGUUGUUCUUGUAAGAGUUUGCUUUUUGGACAAUGCAAGAACUCGUUUGACUGAGCUGAAUUGGGAGUUGUUGCUUUUAGAGUUAUAAUCCAGGGAAGUAGUGUAUUUCAUCGUAUAAUAGUCGCAGUUUUAAAUCGACUUUUUAAAUCAAUAAAAGAGGGCUGCGACUAUUACUCUUUGGACAGUGCGAAAACCCACUUGACUGAGCUGAAUUGGGAGUUGUGGCUUUGGGAAUUAUAAUCCAGGGAAGUACUGUAUUUCAUCGUACAAUAGUCAAAUUUUUUAAUCUACUUUUUAAAUCAAUAAAAGAGGGCUGCGACUAUUACUCCUUGGUCAAUGCGAGAAUUUGCUUGACUGAGCUGAAUUGGGAGUUGUUGUUUUGGGAGUUAUAAUCCAGGGAAGUAGUGUAUUUCAUCGUAUAAUAGUCGCAGUUUUAAAUCAACUUUUUAAAUCGAUAAAAGAGGGAUGCGACUAUUACUCUUUGGACAGUGCGAAAACCCACUUGACUGAGCUGAAUUGGGAGUUGUGGCUUUGGGAAUUAUAAUCCAGGGAAGUACUGUAUUUCAUUGUACAAUAGUCACACUUUUUAAUCUACUUUUUAAAUCAAUAAAAGAGGUCUGCGACUAUUACUCCUUGGUCAAUGCGAGAAUCUGCUUGACUGAGCUGAAUUGGGAGUUGUUGCUUUGGGAGUUAUGAACCGGGGAAGUACUGUAUUUCAUCGCAUAAUAGUUGCACUUUUUAUCCACUUGUUAUGAAUAACUUUUCCAUAACUUUAACGCAUAGGUUGUUUUAUUGCAAUUUUCCAGUAAGAGAAAGGGUAUCAGAACUUGUACACUUUUACACAAAGAAUGGCAUUGGACAUACAUACUUACAGAUUCUAUGUAACUGCAUUGAAUCCACAAACAGCCUAACAAACAAAGAGGAAUUACAUUUUUACUUAGCAUUCACAUUACACAUACACAUUCAUUCAUCAUCAUGCAUUCAUCACCAUUCUUCCUCCGUCAUCUCCUGGAGAAUCUGAGACCAGAUUGCUUCCCUGCAAAUCUGCCAACGCACAGCUCCCAAACUUCCAAAAUACCAAAACGCAUUCUCUUUCCCUAAGAGCAAUGCCAAGGAUCAGAAACUCACUCCCUGCAAACCUAUCAUGACUCCAAAAUUGCACUCUUUUGUCUUCCCUUGAGAAAAGGAGGCAGUGUCCAGAAUCCUGCUUUCCCAUAGCAGAUCUGACACUCCAUUUCUUUCAGUAGAGCAUGGUGGGUGAACAGCAUAGCUGUCUGCCACAAUUGAGAAUUAUUAGAUUGAGUCUUUUAUAGGACUACUAGCUGUGCCCGGCCACGCGUUGCUGUGGCGAAGUAUGGUGGUAUGGGAAAUAAAGUAUUGAGGAAUUGGUGGGCAGAGAUUAGCCCUCUAAACUGGCAGCAAUUGGAUAAAAACAAUUAUUGCUCUCCCUCUUUUUGUUGUAUCAACCUAGAGGCGUGGAUGAUGGGUUGUGUUGUCAAAUUUUGAGGUUGGGGGGCCUGUAGUUUUGUUGUUUUGUCCGGUGCCCUGAUUCCAUCACUCUUUUAUAUAUAUAGAUUCUGCUGAUGUUGUUCCAAAGUUGUAAAUGAAUGAUAGAUAUUUUUCCAGCCUGAAACACAUUGAUUUCAUCUCAGUUCCUGGCAGAUGUUGACUCUCCUUAAUUAGUGUUGGUAAACAUAAGGAACCUUAUAAACAUUUCCCUAACUUACAGAGCCAUUGUCUCUGAUAAUUUAAACACAUUAUUUUUCACCAAGAGUUCAUCAAGUCAGCAAUGUCAACAGUUAAUCAUUUGUCACAGUCCUUAUCAACAACUUUUAAUAAUAGUUCCUGAGUGUAAUAAUAAUAAUAAUAAUAAUAAUAAUAAGUUUAUUUAUAUCCCGCCUCCAUCUCCCCCGAAGGGGACUCGGGGCGACUUACAGCAAAAUCAAAAUACAAGCAAUGAUAAAAUAUAAAACAUCAAAGGACAAAAACAAAAACCAAUAAAAAUUAUACACAAUAGGUUAAAAAACACAACACAGAAUUAAAACAUCAAAUUAAAAACAAUGAGGUUGCAAUAGUGGAUAAGCAAGGUGGACAUUAUGGGUAACCAAUUCGUAAAUAGAUAAAGUGCAUUAGAAUCAUUUAAGGUCACAUUAGGUAGGGAGGAGUCCUGAAUGAUAGUUGUUACUGAGUGUAGUUGUUUUCCAGGUCUCAAUAUUUUAGAAUUGUGUCUUCAAUCCACUUCAACCCCGUUCAUACUCCUUUCAUUCAGUUCAUUCAUCAUAUUUAUCCAUGACACACUUUUUUAUUCGACACAAGAGGGGUGCGACUAUUACUUGAGGAAAAAAAUCCUUUGAUUUCUCUCAUUUCUUUUUUAAAAAAAAUAAAAUGCCUUACCUCUGAGACAGAUGGAGUGGGGGGGAUGAUCCAUCCUCAAACAAACAGGUCAAUUUCUGUUUUGCUUGUUUGCCUCAGAGAAAGGAGGAGAGAAGAUUCCCCCUCCCUCUCUUCUUUGAAGACAAUGCAUUUUACAAAAUCCAAAAUCAAGCUCUUUGGAGGAAGUAUCCAAGUUCCAGAAAUGUCCGUGUCAGGAUAUGCCUUUAAACUGCCUUGUCUUCGGAGAAAGGGGAAUCGGCCCAAAUGGCUCUGCGACUAUUAUGGGAGGAACACAAAAAUAUCAAAAAUGGGAGUAGGGGACUAUUAUGCAAUGAAAUAUGGGUAACUCUUUUCAGCUUUGUUUUUGCUGCAGGGUAGUCGGUUUCUUGUUGGAGUGGAAACACAGCUCUGUUAUGUUUCAGAUGCCGAAAUUUCUCGGGCUUUGUUGUGUCCAACCUCAAGGGCUUCCAGAACAACUUAUGCAUGCGUUUGUAUGAUUGUGGUGUGUGUCUUUGAGAGAAAGAAGGGAGUGGCACCUUCCCUUAGCGUUUAGUGGCAUCUUAGCAUCUUUUAGCCAAGAGCUCAGGUUGGUCCCCUCUUUCCCUAUUUCCUUUUGAGCAGAGUAGGAAGCAAUUCCCAUGAGAUGAUGCAUGUACAUCAGGGGUCCCCAAACUUUGUAAACAGGGGGCCAGUUCACAAUCCUUUGGACCAUUGGAGGGCCGGACUAUAGUUGGCCACCAAGCAAUAAUAAUAAUAAUAAUAAUUAUUAUUAUUAAUAACAACCAGUACAGGUGGUCCCAGUGGUGAUGGGCACAUUGGGUGCCGUGCCAAAAGAUCUCAGCUGGCAUUUGGAUUUGGAAUUCUCUGCCCAAGAGUCCCAUUUUUAUUUUGUCAUGGUAUUUUAAUAAUAUAUUUUUGUAACCGUAUCAAUAAUAAUAAUAAUAAUUGAACUUCAAAGACUAUGGCAGAAACCAGUGCAGGUGGUCCCGGUGGUGAUCGGCGCAUUGAGUGCCAUGCCAAAAGAUCUCAGCCGGCAUUUGGAAACAACAGACAUUGACAAAAUUACGAUCUGCCAACUGCAAAAGGCCACCCGGCUGGGAUCUGCACGCAUCAUUCAAAAAUACAUCACACAGUCCUAGACACUUGGGAAGUGUUCGACUUGUGAUUUUGUGAUACGAAAUCCAGCAUAUCUUAUCUUGUUUGCUGUGUCAUACAAUGUUGUUGUGUCAAUAAUAAUAAUAAUAAUAAUAAUAAUAAUAAUAAAAAAGAGGGUUGGGAGAGACCCUUUGGGCCAUUGAGUCCAACCCCCUUCUGCCUUUGUGCACCAAAAGCACAAGCAAAGCACCCCUGAUAGAUGCUCAUCCAGCCUCAAUGUUAAUAAUGAUGAUGAUGAUGAUGAUGAAGAAGAAGAAGGUUGGAAGAGACCCUUUGGGGCAUUUAGCCCAAUCCCCUUCUGCCUUUGUGCACCAAAAGCACAAGCAAAGCACCCCUGACAGAUGGCCUCCCAGCCUCAAUGUUAAUAAUAAUAAUAAUAAUAAUAAUAAUAAUAAUAAUAAUAAUAAUAAUAAUAAUAAUAAUAAUAAUAGAGAAGAGGAGAACCCUUGGGUCAUUUAGCCCAACCCCCUUCUGCUUUUGUGCCGUGGGGGCCGGAUAAAUGGCUUCGAUGGGUCGCAUGUGGCCCCCAGGCCUUAGUUUGGAGACCCCUGAUGUACAUGGUAAGAUACCGGGAGAGCGGGAGAAUGCAGUGUUUUUGGUUGGCAAUGGGAGAAUUAUUUGUUAUGGAAACUAUUUUACAAGAGGGCUUGAGGAACAAUUAUAUACGCAUGGAUGUAGAAACCAGGGUGAAAGCAGUUUAUGAAAUUAGAUCUAAGAACCUAUAGCAGGGACGGGAAGACCUCACAUUUGAAGAUGCAUAGGUUUGCUAGAACCUUUGCUAUCCAUCAAACUACAGUUGGCUUUUCACAUUUGCCUGGAUGAAGGUCAGAAAUGGAAUAGAAAUAGAAAUACAGUAGAGUCUCACUUAUCCAACAUAAACGGGCCGGCAGAAUGUUGGAUAAGAGAAUAUGUUGGAUAAUAAGGAAGCAUUAAGGAAAAGCCUAUUAAACAUCAAAUUAGGUUAUGAUUUUACAAAUGAAGCACCAAAACAUCAUGUUAGACAACAAAUUUGGCAGAAAAAGUAGUUCAAUACGCAGUAAUGCUAUGUAGUAAUUACUGUAUUUAUGAAUUUAGCACCAAAAUAUCACGAUAUAUUGAAAACAUUGACUACAAAAAUGCGUUGGAUAAUCCAGAACGUUGGAUAAGUGAGACUCUACUGUACUGUUUAUUUUUUUUCAUUGAGAGAACACUUAUCUUGGAAUCUCUUAUCAUCAUCAUCAUUAUUAUUAUUAGAUAGAUAGAUAGAUAGAUAGAUAGAUAGAUCUGUUUAUUGAUUAGUGCACUGACUAUAUCAAUAAUAAAAGACAAAAAACAAAAAUACACAGACAAAUAGACACUAAUCACUAUGUGUUGUCGAAGGCUUUCAUGGCCGGGAUCACAGGGUUUUGUGUAUUCCGGGCUGUAUGGCCAUGUUCCAGAAGCACUCUCUCCUGAUGUUUCGCCCACAUCUAUGGCAGGCGUCCUCAGAGGUUGUAAGGCAUGGAGCAACUAAGCAAGGAAGGUUAAUAUAUAUCUGGAAAGUCCUGGGUGUGAGAAGAACUUUUUGUCAAUUGGAAGCCAGCGUGAAUGUUGCAGUUAAUCACCUUAAUUAGCAUUGGAAAGGUUCAUCUCCUGCCUGGGGGGCAUCCUCUGUUCAGAGUCAUUAGCCGUCCCUGGAACUCUUCUGUUAGCAGAGUGUUGCUUCUGAUUUUUGAGAUUUCUUAAUAUUGGUAGCCAGAUUUUGUUCAUUUUCAUGGUUUCCUCCUUUCUGUUGAAGAUGAACCUUUCCAAUAUAAUAAUAAUAAUAAUAAUAAUAAUAAUAAUAAUAAUAAUAAUAAUAAUAUAGUAGAGCCUAUUAAACAUCAAAUUAGGUUAUGAUCUUACAAAUUAAGCACCAAAACAUCAUGUUAUACAACAAAUUUGAUAGAAAAAGUAGUUCAAUACGCAGUAAUGCUAUGUAGUAAUUACUGUAUUUACGAAUUUAGCACCAAAAUAUCAUGAUAUAUUGAAAACAUUGACUACAAAAAUGGCUUGGAUAAUCCAGAAGCUUGGAUAAGCAAGGCUUGGAUAAGUGAGACUCUACUGUAAUAAUAAUAAUAAUACGUGGAAAUGUGGAGAGCUGACUGCAGAGCCUGGUACAGAAGUCUUCUCAGUAUAUGAAUAGGGAGAAUUAUAUGGGAAUUAAUUAUUAUUAGCAGGCUGUUUGUUGUGUUCUCGAUUGAAUUUCUUUGCAGUUUGCUGAGUGUCUAGACUGUUUCCAGCCCUUUUCUUUCAGGGUCCCAUGUAGUUCUGUGACUUACCCUUAAGUUUCCAUCUCAUACAGUAAUUUAUUUUCGGGAUAGGCAACACACCUUCCCUUGUCUUAUGUACAAAACAAAGUGAUUGUUUCCCAAGCGGGUGAUGGAGCGAAUGUGAUCCUAAAUCCUCUUUCUUAAUGGCUAUUUAAUGUGUUUGAAUUUUUUUUUAAAAAAAAUCAUUAUUGUAAAUUAACCUGGGAUUUGGGGGAGAUGCUAGGAACCAAAAUGCAAAGAAACGACCUUAUGAUUGUUGAUCUGGGUGAGAAGUGAGGAAAAGCGAGCAAAAUGUGUGUAACAGUGCUGUAAUUUUUAACAAAUUAAUAAAAUGGAAUAUGGAAUAUG